AUGAUCUCCGUGCUGGUGGCCUUGUUGUCAGUGGGGAACCCCGCCCGCGCGACCCGCGACUCGUUCUAUCCGCCCCUCAACCACACUACCUUUAUCACCAACGCCUCCCUCGGCACCUACGGCGGUAUCUACACGGCCCCGGCCGACCAGGCCAGUCCUCCCACGGCGGAGAAUGUCUACAAUUAUUGCUCCAUGCCCCAUCCCCGCGCCGAGACAUACUCCCUUCCACCUCCCGUCGCCAACCAGUCCGUUUCCGCGCGGCUAGUCUACCUCGAGUACUUGCAGCGUCAUCAGCGACGAACCCCCUAUAACAUUCUUCCGGGUGGCGAGAAUCAAGAAUAUCACUGCGACAACCUCCAUGCCCAUGUCUACGCCGCGCCGGCUUCCCAGGGGCCGGCUCCCAUCCCCGUCUAUGGCCAAACCUAUUCCGAUCCCUCCAACCCAUUUUUAACAGCCUACGUCAAUGGUUCAUGUCAGUAUCCACAGCUGACCAUUGGAGGCUUUCUGGAUGGCUAUCAGCACGGUCGCGACCUUCGUGCCGUCUACGGUGAUCAACUGCAGCUGAUCCCUUUAUCGCCGGACGAGGACAGUGGCAAAAAGGUCUGGUUACGGUCCAGCACAUCGAACCUCACCCAAGGAUCCGCUGGAGGCGUGCUGCGAGGCAUUUGGCCGGACUAUAGUGCGCCCCUACCACUACACCAACAGGCCUCCGGUGUCGACACGGUUGACCAGGGAUUCUCUUGUGCCGCCCAGAGCGAGAUUCUCUCCGCCAUUGAGUCCACGGCAGAGUGGAACGCGCAUUUGACCGUAACCAAGUCCCUGCGCAGUCAGCUGACCACCAUGUUCGAUGCGGAUACCUCCAGCUGGACCUCGACAUUUGAUCAUUUCGCGGACAAUUUCCAGGCUCGCCUCUGCAAUGGAUACGAGCUUCCCUGUCGCAUCCACAAUGAGUCGCAGUGCGCGACUCGCGAUCAGGCAGAUGAGGUGUUUCGCGCGGGCGACUGGGAAUGGAAUUACUGGUGGCGACACAAUGCCAAUGCCACCCGUUAUAUCCAACUGGUGGAAGGCCUGUUUAUCAGAGAGAUCGUUCGCCAUCUGGAAGCGGUCCAGCAAGGGACAUCCGAGCUCGUGUAUAGCCACAACUUCGUACACGAUGGAGACCUAGGGCCUAUCCUCGGCGCAUUGGGCAUCAAGGCACUACGGUGGCCUGGAAUGGGAUCGAACAUUGCGUUUGAGAUCUGGCAAACAUCCAACUCCGAACUCUACGCCCGUGUGUUGUAUAGCGGACGCGCAAUCGAAACCAUCUACGGCACCCUGGAUUGGAUACCACUGUCCUCCUUGAUCAGCAUCCUGAAACCGUACAUUCCGGACGACAUCAUCGCCAUGUGCCAGAAUAGCUGA